AUGGACAAUUACCCCGAUGUUGAUCCAUGGAGCUGGUCCUCUCAACAGUCGAACUCUACAAAUCAGACAUAUAGCGGUAUCUUUGAUCCCGCUCUAUACAACUUCGCCCAUCCGCCGGCACCGGCACCGGCAGCGACAUCACAGAAUGUGCAACCUCGACACCAUUCUAUCGCAACGUCACACGUUGUUAGCGCCCCGUCAAGUGUACAAUCACAUACUGCAACCCCGCCACCUCCAAGGCAGCAGGUCGCCGGAACUCUAGUCAAAGCUCAGCCUGCAUUCAAGCCUACUUGGCACGGAUUUCUGGAUACCACCAAAGACGCCAUGACCAUCGUUGAAGCCGCUCUUCAGGGACGACUUAGCCACAUCAGCCGUCGACCACAUGAUAAAGAACGAGCCGAAAUGCUCACUUCCGGAACUGUAUUGGUUUAUGAGGAGAAUGCUUCAGGAAUUAAGCGUUGGACUGAUGCUGUUCACUGGUCUCCAAGCCGUGUCAUGAAUAACUGCUUGAUCUAUCGACAGCUUGUACGUGCACUCAAACCAGAGGAAAAAAGAUCCGCACUCAACCCUUCAUGUGGCACGAAGCGAAAACGCAAAGAAAGUGUCAGUCCAUCAAUGACCAAUACGGGCGAGAAUGUUGCCAACGCCGACGACGAGUAUGAGCAUUCGGCAUUCGACCCCUUGUCUGGUGAUCCUACAUCUAACGACAAGGUUUACGCCAAUUUCGCUCAAACUCUCACUCCAGACCAACAAAGACGGUUUUGCGGAUCCCUCAUUGAUAGUUAUGAAUUCAAGGAGGGUGGCUUGAUGAAGAAGACCAUAUCCGUAAAAUACAAUGGCACCCAUCAUCAUAUCAUAUCCUAUUACAGCCUUGAGGAUGUCGUUAAUGGCAAGCUCAAGCGCCCUUUCCAGGAUCCGAAACUGUCGAACGUCCAACCCAGACCAGAGCUCUUGACUGGAUGGAAAGUCAGUCUCGAGGACGAGGAGAAUAAAGAAGCGCCUUUGAUGGCAGGCUACUCCCAGCAUCCAGUUGUCGGCGCUGUUCCCCAGCCACAGUUUUCCGCCGCCCUACCACCGCAAAGUUAUUAUGUCCCUGAUGCGAAAUAUCCUGCAAAUCCUGGUUAUGGAUACUAA